AAAAUGGAUUUUCACGAUUCUUCUCAAGAUAAUUCUCAAGAGGAUUCUCAAGAGGAUUCCCAAGAAGAAUUUAGUUUAAGUUGUUUCAGAAAACGAAGUCAUGAUGAUGGAAAUGAUCCUCCUAAUGCUACCUUUAAACCUGCACCUAAAAAAAAAAAUCGAUCUAAACGUAAAAGAAGUUUCGUAUGGAAACACUUUAAGUUAAUUGAUACAGAUGAUGUGUGUCAAGUUGUCGUGAAAGUAAAAAGAAAAGAGCAGAAGUGUGGAAUGGA